CUGACAGUGGCAUCCCACUUUCAACCGGCACCUACGACGGGACACGUGCCACUAGGGAUCGGCACAAGCCGCGGCAUAUGCUGAUAAGCCACUCUAGUGUUUGCCGACGCCUGAUGACAGCGUUGGCAACGACCCCUGGCUGUGUGUCGAUGGAACCUCCAGUCAGAACGACAACACCCACAGCAAGGUGUGUGAUGCCCGAGCCUCCACCUCCACUUCAGCCGUGAGUACCGGUUCACUGUGUUUGUCUCGCACGAGCUGAAAAGAUAUGACGAUGUGAAAGCCAUCACACUGACGUCCAGCGAACGAAGGGUUGAAGAAGGGCUUGUCUAACAGACAGGACUGACCUUCAGGCUGAAAGGUCAAACACAGUGAGAGUGGAGUCCAAUGGAUCAUGGUGGUCAGUUUGAGAGGAAGGGCAGAGUAAUGUCGCAAGUUCCUGUGGACGGAGUCGACCUCUGUGAUAACUUAUCCAACCCCGAAGCUGUCACUGCCCAAACUCGAAACCUCAACGAGACAAACGUGCUCACACAAAAUCAAAGUCUCUCUCCUUCUCAAGAUGAAGUGGGGGCAGGGCACAGCCUCCUCCAAAAAACCUCUUUCAACAACAAUGGGAAGGAUGAGGGGGAAGAACAGGGAAAGGAAGCAUACACAGGAAGAGGCAGGGAGGAGGAUGAGGAAGAAGACAUUGAUGAGCUGAUGAAAGAAGAAGAAGAAGAAGAAGAGGAGGAAUCAGAGGAAUCAAGCAGUCUAAUUUGCUGCCAGUCCCCAGACACUCCCAUGACGGAUUCUUCGUAUUCAGAAACGGGCAGCCUGUUGGAGACUCCAUAUCCAUUCAGCUCUGGGACUAGUCCUGAGCCCACAUCCCCUGUCAUUUCAACGAUCAGUCCUGAAACUGCAUAUCCCAUCGGUCCAGUGGAAUGCAGCCAAAGUGAUGUCAAAGUGGACUCUCACAUGUCCACCACUGGAUCAGUUGCCUUCACCGCAGGGCCUGUACAUUCUACCACACUAACUACGACCUCAGUCACAAGGCCCAGCGGCCCGCCUGGGCCUAUGUGCAUCACAGGAGCAAAAAAUACUGAAUCCACUGCAAAACAUCUUACCUCAUCCACGGAGUCCGUCUUCAGCCAUGGGCCUCCCAGUUCACAUGCAGGACCUAACGCCUCAAGUGCAGAGACUUUCACAAUAACAGCUUGCACCACGAGGCUCAACACCUCUGUUUCCUUUACUAGUGUGAGUGGAACAACUGGACCCCUUUCGUCCACCACAGGGCCUAUGGUUACUGGUGCAGAAUCCACUUCCACCACAGGACUGAUAACUUCAAACUGGGGACACAUUACUUCCAGACCAGUGCCCCCUUGUUUCUCAGUCCCCACCUUCCCAACUGGGACUAUUACAAGCCCUGCUCUGCUGGAGUCUCUUGAGCAGUUGACACAAAGAGGAGAUGACACUCACCUGCCACAUUACCUUCACCAGAUUGCUGAGGCUUUCGUCCUUCACAAAGAUUACCAGCGGGCAUUAUGUUGCAUCCAACUAGAGAGACUCUAUCACCAGAGAGUUUUGGAUAACCUGAAUACACUACAGGAGCAGUGGGAGAGUCGGUGUAAAAUGACUUCCUCCGACCUGGCAACCCAACAUCUGGACACUCUGAAACACAUCUGCCAGACGCACAGUCGACCAAGUGCGAGAGAUGCUGUGUUUGCAUCUCAGGACUUUCUGAGGCCUACAUGUGAAGAAGGUGGUGCACUGCCUUUGUCUACCUCAGCCAAUCAGGUUGACAGCGAGACAACAACCACACACUCCGGUUCUCUGAGCGGCGAUCCAGUCAUUCCCUCCAUUGAUUUGUCUGAUAGGCUCAGUUUCCCUGAGAACACAGAAAAAAACAGGGAAGACCCAGACAGGGUAUUAGACAGGAAGGAGGGUUUCCAUGGAUCUCAGCUGACUGACAAGCAGGGCAGUGACAGAGAGGGGGGAGAGGCAGAAGGAGGGGUAGGACACACCAUUUCAGCCAUAGAAAAUGAUCUGCACCCCUCUACUGCUGGAGAAAUGGAUCAGUCCAAGCCCGCAGAGCAGCAGGGAGGAGAUUUAGGUCUCGCAGAGGGAAAGGAGGCAAUAAGGGCAGAAGAAGAAGAGAGGGACGCGGAGAAGGCCGCAGAGGCUUGGGAGAUGGAAGAGGAGGGAGAGGAAGAAGAGAAGGAGAAGCAGAAUGAAAGAGACUCUGUGUUCUGUCAGAAAGCCCUCCCAGUGGAUACUCUGGGCAGCGGGGCAGAGGUGGACGAACAACAGCUGCACCAGGAAGUCCAAGAUGAGGAAAAACUACUCGAGGAUACCCAGGAAAGCACUAAAACCUGCGUAUACCAGGAGGCCCGCCUACACCAGGAAGCCCUCCUCACUCAGGAGGCUCGUUUAAAGCAGCAGGAGCAACGGAAGGAGGAAUAUGAGGAGGAAGAGGAGGAAUAUGAAGUAGAGCAAGCUGACCUCAUCAAAGAAGCUGCCUCACUGGAUGACAUGGCCAAACUCAUCACUGUAGAGGAGAUGUCUCCUGCCUCUGGCCUGGUCUCCAUAUUGAAGAAGAGGAGUGUGUGUUUGGACAACGUGAGUGUGUCUUCCAGUUCAGAGCCGCAGCCUGACAAACCCACUGCCAAAAGAAGAGUCCGCUUCAAAGUUCAUGAUGAUGAUGAGCAAGAAGUUGGCGGUGGAGACUCCUGUCUGCUUCUCUUCCUGCUUUGUCUGGUCACUGUAGUGAUCAGUGUGGGUGGCACCGCCCUUUACUGUGCUCUGGGCGAUGCCCAGUCCUCGGUCUGUCAGGACUUCUCCAGAAAUGCAGACUUCUACGUGGGCCAGAUACAGCAAGGGAUUGCUCAUAUCCAACACUUGUUUACCAUUGGGUCAUAGCAGCAAAAAGCACGCUGGAGUCACCGGUCUUACUGCAGCUCCUGUUACUUCCUCCGACAAUUAUCUCUGAGGUAACUGCCAGGCGGCUGCAACGCUCCCUGCUGCCAUGUGGAGUAAGCGACCAUUAUGCUGCCUAAUGGGCUAAAAGAUUAGAUCAGAUACAGUUGGCAUUCGUAAGCCUGUUCUACUGCAUUUUUAUGCUCUGUGAAUAAAUUUCCAGUGUUUUCCUGUGACUUAAAGUCAUAGGUCAGACGUCCCUUAACAAAACUAGUUUGAAAGGAAAAGCAGAGCAGAAGAGGGAAGAACUAACCCACAUCCCUCUCUACCAUGUCCAGAUUAAAUAGGUAGGAAAUUCUCAAGAAAGGUUUAAAAUUUUCGUGUGAUGAAAUCAACUCAACUGUGACUGAAUAGGAACUUUCACCGACUCACAUCGGACUCCAAAACUCAGUUAAAAAUCAGAUCAAAGUAAAACAGCUGCAACCCACAGAGAUGUAAAAAGAAGAAAUAUGUAUUGUAUAGUUUAUUAAUGGGGGUGGGGCACAGAGAUGCUGUCUCGCCCCACUCUGCACAAAUGGGAAGUGGCCCCGUGGGCAUUUUACAAACUUCUGCAACUGCUGGUGUUGCUUUUAUUGUUGACUUUUUUUAAAAAUCGCAAAUGAAAUUUUAAAAUAAUGAAAUUGUUACGUCUUAAUCAUGUCUUAAACAUUUGGAUGAAUGUUUGGGGUUCAUUGUUAAAACUUUGCUUUGUGUAAUCUGUGGGGCAUUUAAGUUGUAUUGUCAGGUAAAAAAUAUUUGGUAUUUAUAUAAACUGAUCAGGCACAUCAAAUGGGUUGCAUGGGGGAAAGCGUGGAACAGUUGUGAUGAGCAGUUGCUGGAGAACUCUGUCGUGCUUGUGCACUUUCCCCCUUGCACACAUUUGACAUGACUGUCCUGUCAAUGUCCGUGUUCUGUGUAACUACCAACAACAGAAUUUGCAGCGAGCUGUCAUGGCUGUAACAGGAGACUUAAGUCCAAACCAUCUGUCUAUGGUUUUCAAUGAGCUAAUUUUAGCUUUGUGUAGCAUAUGCAACAUGUACAGGAACACAGUGCACCUCUGUAUAUAUUAUCAGAAGAAUGUUUAUCAUGUUGCACAUGAGAGUGGUACGAUUUUUUUCCCUCUUUUUUUAAAGAUAUUGCAAUAUUUCAACAGGCAUUGUUCUGUUGGUCGAGGACUACAUGCAAGGCUUUAUAUGAUUUAAUCAGAAACAUAGAAUAUUCAUAUCCACAAUCUGCUUUCAGGUUUAUUACGAAAAGUAAAUGUCAUUUAAACAUUAUGCACAGUAUAGUUAAGUAAAAAAUGCUAAACUCUAGGCAUGGGAUAUUUCAGUAAGAAAAAUUAUGAAUAAGAGAUGUACAAAUGUUGGAAACAAGAAAUAUUCAGUGUACUUCAUCAGUACAGCCUUGUUGUUGAUGGCGUCAGUCUGUCUGCCUGUGUGUUUGCUGUGUUCGGGGACUCUGGGCAUCAUCCUCAGUGUGACUGUCAAUGUUUUCAUUGUCAAUUUUGUUUUUCCAAAAGAAUGUUUUGCAACUCAGAAAGAUUUUUGCCACCAUUUGUUCUUUUUAGCAAGGCAUCUUGAUGACAUAUGUUCACAUGUUUUGAACAUAACAUUUGUCUAAUGUGUUAACAUCUGCUGAAAUUAACCAGCAGGGGGGGAAAAAUUGCUUUUUGUGGAAAGGAGAAGGGAUUCCCUUUCUGAAACAGGGAAAAAGUUUGGUGCGGAAAAUGUCUUACACUUUGUCCAUGAAACCAACUUAUUCUAACACCUGUCUUUCAUUAUUAUCUCUAAUCAUUUGAAAGACAAUUUUAGUCUUAGUAUGGCGGCAUUUUACUCUCUCUUAAUUGACUUUGAUUAAGCAAUUCUCACUGCUCAAUCUCCCUCUUUAAACAGUUUGACAUCACAUUCGUAGUUUGUAUGUGUUAUUGCAACAUAUUUCAAUGUUUGCUAUCCUGAGUUCAUUAUUUUUCCUCUCAUUUGGUGUUGUGGUGGAUGCCAUAAAAAGUUACCUAGAAAAACCACAUAUCUUACAAAUAUCUCAAUUUGUCAGUGAGUAAAGAAAGAUGGGACGGGUUUAGGUGUCUUAACUAUGCAUUUUAAACAGAUUUAGAUAAAACAGUGUUAUUUUUCUUGUUGUAUCACUCAAAAAACCCUGAAUAUAAAUUUGAGAUAUGAGGUUUUCCCAGGAAGUAAGGAAAAGUAGAUAGUCUUGUUUUUAUUUGCACAUGUCGUCUGGCUGGCUCAGAUGACAAUCACUCAGAAAAUCUCCUAUUUAAUCUUUUUAGAGGAUUUUAAUUAUUUAUAUUAGGGAUGUCAAGUGUAAGUACUUAAGAAAAAAAAUCAUCUUUCGUUUUCUUCGCUUGAUUAUUGUCAUCAUGCAUCAUAGGUUUCUCAUCUCAUAACGUCAUUGUUGUUAAGAAAGUAUUUAACGAAAGCUUUAUUUACAUACUUAUUCACUUAUCAGUUCCUGAAAUGUUACAUAACUGGUGAGAUUGUGCUACUGCUGUGGGUAUCAUCCUCCUCACACAGAAACUGUCAAAGGUUCAUGUUUCUUCCAUCUGAGGCGCAGAAUAGAGUAUAUUCUUUGAUUUUCCCAAUUGCUUUUUAACAGAAAAAAAACGAAUGAACACGAUUUUUGUGUGUGAAUCAGUACCACUGUUAUCAGCCUGAUGAAAGGUGUUUUUUGAAUUGUAUAAUGAAUUUUUGUCCCCUUUUUUUCACUGUUCUUAUAGAUUGUUAUAAGGAAAUUAGGUUUCUCAUCCUGUUAUGUCGCCUGUUAAAGCCAUUGAAAAGUU